GGGGAGAGACAGACACACGCGGGGCCUAGUCGCCACAUCUUUUCAUGCGAGGAAGCUGCACCGCUAAACCACCCAUUUUUGGUUUCCCAAAACGGCUCCGGCCCGGGCCUCAGUCCGCGGUCUAGAGUUUAGCAGCGGGCUGUUGGAGACGGAAGCACAUCGGCUUACAGCUGCCUGCCAGCCCCGGUGCCCAAACCACCAUCAUGGGAGACAGCAGAGAUUCUCGAAGCCCAGACAGCUCGUCUGUCUCCUCCCCGCCAUCAGGCCAACGCUCGCCUCCCCUAGUUCCCUCGGCUGCAGCUUCCAUGACCUCCCUCCCUCCCAUCACCACCACGGGAGUCAACAGCCCCAUCAGUAGCAUCGGUUCCCCCUUUUCCGUUAUCAGCUCUUCACUGGGAUCACCCUGCCUACCUGGCACGCCAUCGGUGGGCUACGGCCCGAUAAGCAGCCCCCAGAUCAACUCCACGGUGUCCAUGUCAGGGCUCCAUGCAGUGAGUAGCUCAGACGAUGUAAAACCUCCGUUGGGCCUAAAGCAGCUGUCAGCCCACAGCCCGGGACCGAUGCUUUCCCAGAAACGCCUUUGUUCCAUCUGCGGGGAUAGAUCCUCUGGUAAGCACUAUGGCGUCUACAGCUGUGAAGGCUGUAAAGGCUUCUUUAAGAGAACGGUGAGAAAAGACCUGACCUACACCUGUCGGGACAAUAAAGACUGUAUGGUGGAUAAGAGACAGAGGAACCGCUGCCAGUACUGCCGCUAUCAGAAGUGCCUGGCUAUGGGCAUGAAGAGAGAAGUGGCCAAGAUGAACGACAGAUCUGUUCAAGAGGAGCGGCAGCGAAAUAAAGACCGAGAUGGCGAGGUUGAGUCGACCAGCGCAGUAAACGAGGAGAUGCCAGUGGAGAAGAUUUUAGAAGCGGAGAUGGCCGUGGAGCAGAAGACUGAGCUCCAUGCUGAUGGCAGUUCAGGUGGUAGUUCGCCCAACGAUCCUGUCACGAACAUCUGCCAGGCAGCUGACAAGCAGCUCUUCACUCUGGUGGAGUGGGCCAAGAGGAUCCCACACUUCUCUGAGCUGCCCCUCGAUGAUCAGGUCAUCUUGUUACGUGCAGGCUGGAAUGAGCUCCUGAUUGCUUCGUUCUCCCAUCGUUCCAUCUCAGUGAAGGAUGGGAUCCUGCUGGCCACGGGUCUGCAUGUCCACAGGAACAGUGCCCACAGUGCAGGCGUGGGAGCCAUCUUUGACAGGGCGCACAAUGCUGAGGUUGGGGCCAUAUUUGACAGGGUUUUGACAGAGCUUGUAAGUAAGAUGCGAGACAUGCAGAUGGACAAGACCGAGCUGGGCUGCCUGCGAGCAAUCAUCCUCUUUAAUCCAGAUGCCAAGGGUCUGUCCAACCCCAGUGAGGUGGAGCUCCUUCGAGAGAGGGUUUAUGCGUCACUCGAGUCGUACUGCAAACAGAAAUACCCUGAUCAACAGGGAAGGUUUGCAAAGCUCCUCCUCCGGCUGCCAGCGCUGCGCUCCAUUGGUCUGAAGUGUCUGGAGCACCUUUUCUUCUUUAAACUGAUUGGUGACACGCCCAUUGACACCUUCCUGAUGGAGAUGCUCGAGGCGCCUCACCAGCUCACCUAGAAGAUCCAGUCUCGAUCCGGUCAGGAUCCGAUGCACACCAGGAUUACUAACACAGCUCCCACUGUGUUGGAUCGCUGGCUCUUCUUGUUCGGGCUCAUUUAACUGCAGCACCUGCUGGUUUUUACACACCAGCUUUUUCACACAAAAAAAAUACACACAGAUUUGCUGUCACAUAUCUCACACACACACGCACACACACACACACACAGAUUCUUGAAACAUACAUGGAUUGAUCGUCAGUAUAACUAACACACAGAUAGUAUGGCUUGAACUGAACAGUAUGCUAACUGUAAUUGAAACCACAUCCAUACACAAGCAUUUACAAGCUAUUUUCCCACAGUCAGUUUUUCACUAUAGGGAAUAUUUCUCCCGGAGUGUGUCCCUUCUUUCUCACACAGUUUCAGUAAAUGUCUUAAUUAGAUUUGGCCGUCAGUUUUCACAUCUUCAUCGCGCAGUGGGUUAUUGCUUCUGUGUAACUGAUGUACCGACCCUGUUCUCACCUGGGUUCCCUCCAGUUACUGCUAGCUACACCUCUAUAUGUUAUCUGUCACUAGCCAGUUCAAUGUUCAUGUAUGGUUUUAGCUUCGAAUCAUAGCAUUUCAAUCAACUGUCUAAAAUCGGUCCUUUCUUAAUGUCAGGAAGUGUCUUUCACCAGACAGGCAAACGCGCCCUCCCAGUGAGUUCAUCCAAUCUCAUUAACGUUGAAAUAUUUUAUGCUUUUCGAAUAUUCAUGCUGAAACUUGUUUGAGUUUCUAUUUUGAAGUACUGUACUCAUGAAAUGAGAGCUUUUUUCCAAGGCAUUGAAAUCCAGGAAAAGAGGGUUGGGAGCACUUUGUGUUGAACAGAUAGACGGAGUCCCUCCCACCCUGAUGCGCACAGCGGGCUUUGUAAGACAAGAAGAAUGACUUGAAUUUUUUUGUUUGUUUGUUUUUGGUUAUUUUGUCCUUCUCUCUACUUUGGCAGAUGGUUGGUAUUUGAAACAGCUUGAGGCUCACAGAAAGUACAGCUUCAGGCAAGAAAAAAGUAUUUGUUUGACUUUUAUCUUGCUCUCCCCCAAAAUCCUCCCUCGGCUGGUGGUCAUUUAUGCACUUUUGUGAGUUGUUAACUGUGUAAAUGUUCCUGUUUCCUAGAAAUGACCAUCUGCCCUCAAACACCUAAGAUGAACUUGACGGUACUAAGUGUAGGGUUUUUUCCAUUAUUAUCAGAACAGGUGAUGAUUUGUUAUUGAGGUUGCAAAAAAAAAGACGUUGACAUCUUGAACAGAUAGAAAUUUAACCCUGUGGUUCUGGCUGCCAACAGUAUAUUGAGAUCACAGGUGAAUAUCUUUUAUUCUAUAUUGGUUGUUUUAUUAUUCCAAAAAUCAUCUUUAUUUUACCAAUUAACUAUUGGCAUUGACAGAAAACACUUUUUUCUGCACUCUCUGGAGCAUCUUAUGAUUGAAUAUUUUUGAGUAUGAGUGGUAAGGUAUUGUUCAGAAAGGCUGAGUAAAUAAGUGCAACACUUAUUUCGUCCACCCAGGUCUGAGCUGUGUCUUUGUACAGUGUAUUUGAGUAGAUAAAAUGGCUUUGCUUUGUUGCACUUAUGUCUUGUAAAACAAGAAGCAAGAAACCUAUAUUUUUGUGCAACACAAAAAGGGGUGAACAGUAUAAAAGCCAGCGGAAAUUAUUAGAUUGUGGCAACAUUUCACAUCGUGGUCGAUCCGUAUGAAAUUCAUUGUUUUUGCAAUAAUUGCAGCUCAUGCAUUGCUGGUGGUAAAAGAGGAGUAAUGCACCAAUGUUAAAUGCAACCUUGUGUGUUGUUAUACAGUAUUUGAAAAGGAAAUACAAAAAAAAAAAAAAGAUGCCAAAUAAUGGAAAUCCUACACCUACUACCUGCAGCUUUGAAGACUUAAUUCAGUGUGUCUUGGCUCAGUGCUUGCGACUUUUGUACAGUAGAUGUAAAUAUUACAAAAAAAUAAAAAUAAAAACAUACAUGGGAGUCAUGUAUUAGUAAUUCCAGUUCACAUGUGAGUAAGUAAAAAUACGUGACUCCGACAAACAAAAGCUAUCGUUUUCUUGCCGUUCGACCCACAUUGGACUUGCCUUCCAUGUACUGACAUUGCCACGAAACUGUCUUUGAGCCCAGGGCCAAACCACACCUCGCUGCUGCUUUUGCACCAACAUCUGCCAUUAUGUUCCAGUUGUUCUCGGUAAUUCGCUGGAUUUUGUUGACAAUGGCACUUGACAUUUACUGUGAUUGAAAUUUGUGAGCGUCUGAAUCUGAGCAUUGCAGUGAAAAGUCAAAUGCAGCUACCACAUGAUCAGAAGAUUUAACACAAGCUAUGAAUUAAAUAGUCUACACUCGCUCAAAGUUGAGCAAUACUGGGGUACACGUAAAGAUUUACUACCAUUUUUGUUGGUAAAAUCAUUUAAAAGUGUGUUGACAUUCUCAGAUUUAUUCAGCCUUCUUCUUAGUCGGCACAUUUACUGAAAUCAAACUCAUUUUUCAGUAUCAUUCUACAGGGAAGAGGCACAGCUGUCCUCAACCAGGUGCUAAUUAACUAAUACGGUCUUGUAGAUGAAGACUUGCACAUUUACAUCAAUGCAAACUCAGUAUGCAAGUACACAGACAAAUCAGUUAUUUUCCAUUCUAACCUAAUCCCCCCUGAUUUGUUUUUGUGUUUUUUUUUUUGUUUUGUUUUUUUUGUAACCCUCUUAUGUUGAGACUCCAACCUCUGGAAAAUCAAAACCAAUACCAGCUAAGUACGUUUUGGCUGUGACUAAAUAGAUUUUGUUCUCUACUAGACACAGUUGUUUUUCUUUUUUUUUCUUUUUUUUUUCUUUUUUUUUGUUUCUGUUUUUUAAAGAAAGCAAUGUUGCUGGUGGAAGCAUUGAACGUGCUGCUGAAGUUUAGGGUCUGCCAGCUACUUUAACUAGAAUGAGCAAUGAGCUUCCUGCCCUCCAGAAAGUCCAAAUAUUUCUUCUCAGAGAGGAUCUUUGGCCUCCCCCCCCAUGUGAUGUGGACUACGAGGCUGGCCGUUGACCUGUAAGACAGGUGUUACUGUUUUAACGUGAGUGAGUUGGUCUAACCUUAAAGCGUGGUGUUCUCCCUCAGCGCGUCUGUGCGGUGAAUUCAGCGAAGUGCUCUCCAGAUGUCCAUUAAUUUCCUUCGUGCAGAGAAGAGUUGGCACCGCUGCCGACUGACUUUGGCUGUUGGUAUAGAGACACAUGACGGCGUGGCCAGAGGUUUUGUAGUGUAUGUUCUGUCGUAGUGCAGUUUUAAUGUUUUAUUAUCGGUUUGAGUCCGUUUGUAUGAGCCAAUACAUUUUUGAGACUUGCGUGAGAAUGGUUCUUUCAGCCGCUGGGAUUUGAGAUCUGUGAUCUUGACUAGAGUUUGGCGAUCCUAGGAGAAUCUGAGCUGUGGAAUGAUGUCUGGAAGUAAAACACAUCAGCUUUUUUCCCUGCUGACUUUAAGAGGCGUGCAUGUGUGGAUACUCUUCUGGUGGGUUAACAUCUCUGACUUUCUCUGCAGGAUUUUACUUUUCGGAGCUUCCCCUGUUGAAUGUUCGAGCCUGCUGCUACUGCACCGUGUUUCUAGCUUGGGAUGGGAAUGAUUAGGCCUUGGGUUAAAUGCUGCGGGGUCCACUUGUUGACAUCAAAUAGUCACACACAGCGGCCUGAGUCGAUACCAAUGUUUGGUGGUGAUUUUUUUUCAAAGUCAAAAUAUGCAACUUGUAUAGUCCUAUUGUGGUAACAUGGUUAAACAGUUGUCAUGCAAUAUAUGCAUUGUAUUUUCUGACAUUUGUAAAAAAAAAGAAAAAAAAAACUAUAUAUAUAUAUAUAAUAGCAUAGUCUGUUACAUAAGUUAACGUUAAUUGGCUGUGAAUUCAUUUCCAAUUCCCAUCCCUUCAUUUAGUAGCGACGUAUUUAAGUCGUCUUGACAUUUUGCUAUGCCAUUUUUACAUUUCUUUACAUUUUGCUAUCAGUGUAGCAUCAAGAUGAGAAGAUAGUUUUUUUUUUUAAGCUAUUCAGUCAGUGCAGGUCUGUGUUUUUUUUUCUUUUUUUUCUUUUUUUGCCUCCUCAAGCUUUGCAAUGACUGGUGGUUGGGCGUUUCCUCUUUUCUAGAGAGUUUGCUAUAGGGUGUAUGUGGUGGCGCGGGUGUUUUUAUGCACAUGUGUACAGAGUCUGUCUGCAGCUACGCCCCUUGACUGGCAGAUUCUGUCGCUUUGGCUGUGACUUGCUAAGCACUGUUGAAUAAAUUGGUCGAGUGAAAUGAAAGGGUGCAGGAAAAGGAGCCAGGCCGGCUUCAGGCGAUUGCCGAGCUUGUUGACCUGAUGCUUUAUCAACACACCCCAGACUCCUUCCUUCCUUCCUUUUACUUUACCCCGUCACCACUGCUUUACUCCAGACUUAAUGUUUCUUAUUCACUCGCCCACGCAGGCUGAAAAUGACUGGGCUUUGCAUUGAAGUGGACUCGUCAAAUAGACCUACGAUUCUUGGACUGUUCAAAGCGGAUGUGAAGCUUUUCUUUCGACGGUGUUGGAGAGCUGUGGAGAGGGGAUCCGGUGCCGUGUGUCCCUCUUUGCUUACUUGACUUGACUUGAGCGCUGCAGCGACCUGUGGUCAGCCAUGGGAGGCCUCUGAAUCGCACCGCCCACGUGUGUUUGUCGCUGCAACCGUGUGCACUCAAGGCAGACGCAUGCUGUGACCUUUUUACCGUGUUGCAGUAUUGUGGUCGCCAGUUGUUACGUUUUGAAAGACAUUGGUUAAAUGUUUGUUUUUUUGUUUUUGUUUUAAUGAUCACAGAAGACAGGGGAGGUAAUGUAUAGAUCCAACAGCCAGGUGGCGUUGUUUGAGCCCCACCAGAGCCAAGGCCGAAGGUGUUAUGAUCAGUAAGGCGCACGGCGUCUUAUGCAGCCUUGAAAACACCACCCUCACUGGUUUAUUUAUCACUGCCAAGCUGUUUGUGGCCAUUUUUUAAACGCUGGGCCAUUCAGUGUCAUGUUAUUUUGUGAUGGUUGCGCAGCGCUGACUCUGGCCUGUGUAAUGCGUCCCAAAGAGGGUCCGAAUACGACUGGAAUUAAAGCUGAUGCGGAAAAGGGGAGCAGCGGUCGGUGGAGGGAAGCAGAUCGGUGUGUGAAUCCCUUUUGGUGUGUGAGCAAUGCAUCGGUGCUUUUUCUUUACAGAGUCUCUCAGUGGAAAACAUCUGCUUUGGACUCCACAAGACAAGAUAGUGCAUUUAUGAGUCGCGAGAGAGGGUAGAUUAAAUAGGGCCAGGUUUUUAGUCUCGGUCCUUCUCUUCUUCAGAUGGACUUGGUUGUGUUUUUUUUUUUUUUUUUUUUUUUUUUAUGACCGGGUGGAGCUGGUGAAGACAAAACAGUUCCCAGAGUCUGUUUUUGAACAUGAGGGAGAAACCUCGUGUCCAGCUGCAGUGAGAGGCUGCCUCACGUUCACCAGUCCAGUCAGAGGAGGCGUCUGUGAGCAGGUUGGGUUCAGUGAAUGAGGAGGUGGUUGUUGGCGUGAAUCACGAAGGAUUGGUCAGAGAGAUCAGAAGGGCAGGAAUUUCAGUCUGGAGAUGAUUGAUGUGAAGAAUAAUAAAACCUGAUUUUCCAGUAGAUCUAGAAUCUUCCUUAAGUGUUUAUCUUUCACACAGUUUCUUUGCCUUUUUUCCCCAUCUGCCCCUUCUCUGUCUAUGGUAUUCAUUUUUUUGUUUAUUACAAAGUAUUAAACAAAUUCAAGAGCUGUAAAGUCAGAAUGGGAUCUUUCAUUCUUAUUUUUGAUUUGUUUUUCCCUCCCUCGCUUGUGUCUGUUCUCUGUCCUGUUUGUAUUCUACUCCAUUGUACAUGUGGAGCUGAUUGACUAUUGUGUGCUUUGGGGAUUGAAAAUAUGAAUAAUUUUUUCAGUCAUUAAUUCUGAAUCUUGUUUCUGUUUGUUGUAUCAUGUCCAAGUAAAGGUUUUAAUACUGUA